AUGAAGGUUCUCACGACAUGCGAUGAUACAGGAGCAGCAAAACUCUGUAGUUUUAAAAGAGGAACAGAUACUUCGAAGAAAGAUGCUACACAGCCGGAUCUGAUCGAAAAUUGCAUGAAUCUACCAAAAUCAAAUUACAAAACUAGGAUCAUACAUUUGAUCAAUUAUAAUUAUCAAUAUUUUAUAGCAUCCAGGUUAGGUGGAACGUUGUCGAUUUAUGACUAUGAGGAAAACGAUGUUGCUAUGAAACCGCAAGAAAAGCAGGAAGGAAACGGAUCAAAGUCCGACAAGGAACAAAAAUCAAGUUUGAAAGUGGAAUCAGAGUCAACAAACUCCAAAGAAAAUAUUGAAGAAGUAGCUGGGUAUGUCGAGGAAAGAUUCAAAUUCUUGCACGAAUUCAAACUCCCAGUCAGUAUGAACGAUCGACCUAUAGCAUUGCAGAAGUGUGAAAAAUUGGAUAGUGUGCUUGUAGCGUACGAGUCAGGCAAGGUUUACCUCGUUUAUGUUGGUGACUUCUCCUUUGAACCAUUAUUAUUGCACUUGCCCGGAUGCACUCACCUCAACGCCUUUGCUAUUCACCCAGAGCAGGAAAAUGUGGUGGCAUUUGGCGGAAAGGAAACUGACCUUCAGAUUGCAGAACUUUACAAUUCGUCAGUAAACAGCAAGAUAUUUAAAAAAGAUUAUAAAUCGGCAUUUGUACCGAAAAUUUUAUUUAAGGCAAAGAACGUUAGUAAUGACCAUUUGAAUUUAAGAGUUCCCAUUUGGAUUACAAAUAUACUUUUUUUCACAAACAAUGUUACUAAUGGACAAUACAAACUUAUCACGUCUACCAGAUAUGGCCAAUUGCGUAUAUAUGAUACAAAACAUGGUCGUAAACCCGUUAAAGAUUAUCCAGUAUCGACAACCCCAAUCCUCACUUUGCUGUUUGGUAACGACAAAGAGACUGAAGUUGUCUUGACCGACACUCAAAAUCUCAUGGCCAAAUAUUCGCUUGAUAUCAUUGAUGACAAAGCUUUCAAGACCAAUUCAGCAUCAGCAGGAGAUAUCAUUAAACCAGUGCCAAAACUUUUAGGUAAAUAUACUGGGGGCAACACUGGUGCCACUUUGGCACAGCAAGUAUACGAAGGUAUCGUAGCAUUUGCAGGGCUUGAUAGAUAUCUUCGUGUGUUUGAUGUUGAAUCAAGACAAAUCCUUGCAAAAGUUUACUUGGGAGUUGAAGUGAGCUCAUUAAUAAUUAUUGACGAUGAAGACGAAGAAAAUGAGGAAGAGCAAAAACGUAAACGUGACGAAGAAGAAGAGGAUAACGAAAUGUGGAGUCAAUUGGACAAAAAACAAAAAGUUUGA